UUCAAAACUAGUUACAAUGCAGGGGAGUCAGAGACCACAAUUCAUCUGUGGACUGAGAUGCAUAACAAUAGGGCUUAUUUUGUUUCUUUUUUACUUAAUAUUCAUUGGCCAAGGGGCGAUUGGUUCAGGUGUGUUUCAAUGUCCCAGACAGCCUUUUAUCUCCCUCUACAUGUCCCUGUAUGGGAUCAUACCGGUCUUCUUGGCACUGAGCUUAUGGUGUAACUGGUGCAACAGUGUCUGUUGGUCUGUAACCACCAUCUUCUUCUGUUGCUGGUUAAUUGCUGGUAGUAUUGUCAUCUACUCCAUUUAUGAACCCAACUACGACAAGACUACAGCACAGCCUGAUCUCUACUGCAACAAGGCUUUCUACCUGUGUGCAUUUUGGCUCACCAACGUGACGUACAUGCUGUUAGCACUGCUCUUUUUAUCGUGUUGCUGUUGUAGACAACGAGAGCCCGAUAGUGAUAAUGAGACUCAAACACUUGUGCGGUAAUAAAUAGAGACGAAGCAAACUUAAUUAAAAAGAUAAACAUACACUGUAAGGUAAAUGCGGGCAAAUGGUGCAUUUAAAGGCAGUUUUCCUGUUUGUCUUAUGUAGGUAUAAUCAAAUGUUCUAUUGAGCAAUGUACAUGUUUGAUCUUUUAUCAGAGAAAUGCAAACAUUUAUAUUCUAAGUAAUUAAACUUGGGGGGUACUCUUUUUAAAUACUUUUGCAACAGUACUCUGUUAUGUAAUGACAUCCUUAGAUAUGAAUAAUAUCCUUUUUUUCAUCCCAUUGAUUCUCUAAUAGGUCAAUUUUAUAAGCUUGUGAGCGCAGAAAUACCAAAUGUGUGAGGCUGAAUACUGAGGAAACAUCAUAGAAACACUUAGAGAAUAUAUCUGUUGAUCCAGUAACAAAAUCAGAGAAAGCCCGGAGUCUUGAGUGAAAUGAUCAUUAAUCAUAAGUAAUACAUGUACAUAAAAAUGUCAGUGUAAAGUGUACUGUACUAGGCAUCUUGAGUCUUCAGCCAUUUAUAUGCCUUCACAUUUCUCCAGGAAGAUCAGAAAUAGGUGAAGGCAUUUAUUAAAAUGUACAAACAUACAAGGAAACAGACAGUAUCCAAAGCAAAAAAGUUUUUAUAGUCCUAACGAGCUUGAAGGUCAAUAUUUGAUAUGAUCACCUUUAUUCUUCAACAUGGGCUGAGCUCUCUCCAGCAGUUUUCUUGACAUUUCUUUAAGUAGUCUUCAGGAAUAGUUCUCCAGGCUUCUUCAAGGACAUUCAAAGCUGCCCUUUGUUCUUUUUUUCUGUCAAGAUGAUUGUAUCCCCCUUGUUGAUGCAAAAAUACCUUUAGAAAAUAUAUUUUUUGAUCAAUCUCAACAGUCAGAGAAUGCACAGUCUUAAAUGUAAUGAUUAUUAAUCAUAAGUAACACAUGUCAUUGGUGCAAAAAUACCAUUUUAUAUCUGUCAAACUGUUGUGUCCUUGGUAUUUUUAUUAGAUUCAUCUUAAAAAAAUUGAAAUCAUUCAUGUGUUUGUGUGGCUGGCUCCU